AUGGCUGCCGAGUCGAACCACAGUCGCAGCGAGACCCAAUCGGUCUCCUCUCAGGGUGGUCUCCCGACAGGUGGGUAUUCUUAUGAUCCUUCUGGGUGGACUUGGAACGAAGGAAAUAACCAUUCCCCACUGACAACAGGUACCAUUCCUGAGAACGAGAAGUUUUCCACCCUGGAUGAUGAGAAGGGCACCAAGGACGAACAUGUCUACAUCGCGGAUACCCUCCCCCUUCGACGCCAGAUUCCCUUCAUCCUGACUAUCUGCUCGGCCAUGUACACGAACCAGCUCGGGCUGGGCCAAACCAUGGAUAUCGUUCGUAUCAUUGGGGACUGGUACGGAAUCACCAAUAGCAACGAACUGUCGUGGUUGGUGGCCGGCUACAGCUUGACCAUUGGCACCUUUGUCCUGAUUGCCGGCCGGCUAGGUGACGACUUUGGACAUAAGAAGAUGUUCAUUAUCGGCAUGGGCUGGUAUGCGCUGUGGACUCUUGUCUGUGGUCUGGCCGUCUAUUCCACGCAGGUUCUCUUCAUCUUCGCCCGUGUCUUCCAGGGAAUGGGACCAGCGGUGACACUGCCCAACGCAAUCGCCAUUCUUGGCCAGUCAUACGCCCCCGGGCCGCGCAAGAACAUGGCAUUUGCCUUCUUCGGCGGCAGCGCACCCUUUGGCGCCAUCUCCGGCUUUGCAACUGGUGGCCUUUUUGCGCUGGCCUGGUGGCCGUGGGCGUACUGGAGCGCAGCCAUCGCACUCACCUGUCUGGCUGUGUUUGCGGUCUGGUCUAUCCCACCUCAACCAAUGAGCACUACGUCCAAGACUCUGACGGUGGGCCAGAAGAUCGCACACCUGGACCUUCCAGGCUGCUUCACAGGCGUGGCCUCUCUGGUCUUGAUCAAUUUCGCGUGGAAUCAAGCCGCGGGGGUCGGAUGGCAAGAACCAUACGUGUAUGUGUGCCUCAUCCUAGGGUUCCUAUUUGCGGCAGCCUUCUUUUGGGUGGAACUGCACUGGUCGGAAGAUCCCAUCCUGCCCCUUGCGGCCUUCAACUCCGACAUUGCCUUCGUGCUGGGCUGCACCGCCUGUGGCUGGGCGACCUUUGGAAUCUGGGUGUACUACGCCGCCGUCUUCGUCAUGGAGCUGAACAAAGUCAGCCCGCUGCUCCUUGCUGCGUGGUACAGCCCGGUGAUCCCCUCCGGACUUGGCUCGGCGCUCGCCGUGGGGAAGCUUCUCGGUCGUGUCUCGGCAGCGUGGGUCAUGGUCAUCGGCAUGGUCGCGUACCUGAUCGGGUCGAUUCUCAUCGCCACCAUGCCGACGCACCAGAUCUACUGGGGCAAUUUCUUCUGGAGUGUGCUCAUCAUCUGUGUUGGCAUGGACUCGUCCUUCCCUGCCGCGACGAUCAUCUUUUCUGACGCUGUGCCGCCCAAGUACCAGGGCAUCGGCGCCAGUGUGGUCAUGACCGUUGUGAACUAUAGUAUUUCACUGGGGCUGGGCUUUGCCGGGACGGUGGAGCGGGAGAUCAACAAUGGGGGUCACACCUAUGACGAUAAGAAGAAGGGGUAUCGUGGCGCAUUCUACUUCGAGGUCGGGUUGGCUGGUUUGGGCCUGAUAUUGAGUCUUGCCUUCUUGGUCAAGGAUCACUUCCGCAAGAAGGCCAAGAAGGCAGCUGCUGCGUAUGAGGACCGGAGUGCUUAA